AUGUCGGUCCCUGCUGGAAUGGAAGCCCCGCUGCUGUUUGUUAUUCACAGGCACAUUCCUCGCACGCAGCAGCCCCGCACUGCUGUUCCCAGGAACCAGCGGGACACCGGCAUCCACGCCACGGGAAAACACCCUCGGCCUCUCCUGGUUUGUAUGAGGAGGAAAUACAGAGAGCUGCUGGGCCAGCCCCUGGGUUUUGCUGUGAUCAGGAAGAAAACCUCCUCCAGCCCCUUCUCUGUGCCCGUGCCCUCGGACCCCAAACUUAGCCCGUGCCUAACGUGGCUCUGCUGUCCCAUUGCAGAGAAGACGGGGAAGGUGCUGGGAGAGUUCUGCCGGUGCUACAAGGAGCAGUUUGGAGUAGCUCUCUUCAACAGCGUGCGCUAUGAGAUCGAGGGCACUGGGGGCCCGCAGGCACAGCUGCUCCACCGCAAGGUUCCACUGGAGGACCACGUCAUCUACUCAGGCAACAUCUUCCAGUACAUUGAGGAGAACAAGAAGUGGAGGAACCGCUUCUGCGUGGUGCCACACAACUACGGGCUGGUCCUCUAUGAGAACAAACUGGCCUAUGAGCGGGAGCUGUCGCCCCGGGUGCUGGUCAACAGUGCUGGCUACAAGAUCCUCACCUCUGUGGAGCAGUACCUGGAGCUGGUCAACAACAGCCUGCCUGGUGUGACCCCAAAAUCUGGGCACUCGCCCAUUCUGAAGUGCCCCACGGAUUUCCCCCUGAUCCUAUGGCACCCCUAUGCCCGGCACUAUUAUUUCUGUGUGAUGACGGGCAAGGAGCAGGAGAAGUGGCGGGCGGUGUUCCAGGACUGCGUGCGGCACUGCAACAACGGGAUCUCCGAGGACUCCAAGGUGGAGGCUCCAGCCUUCACGGACGCCAUCCGCAUGUACCGGCAGUCCAAGGAGCAGUACGGCACCUGGGACAUGCUCUGCGGCAACGAGACCCAGGUCCUGAGCAACCUGGUGAUGGAGGAGCUGCUGCCCGAGCUGAAGAGCACCAUCGGCCCCCGGCUGAAGGGCAAAGCCCCGGAGCGCCAGCGGACCUGGAUCCAGGUGUCAGACGCUGUCUAUAGGAUGGUCUAUGAGCUGGCCAAGGCACAGUACGACGCAGCAGUGGCCAGGUGUGAGCAGGAGCGGCCGCAGCUGGAGAGCACCAUCCGCACAGACAUGGACCAGAUCAUCACCUCCAAGGAGCACCUGGCCAGCAAGAUCCGAGCCUUUGUCCUGCCCAAGGCAGAGGUCUGUGUCCGUAACCACGUCCAGCCCUACAUCUCCUCCAUCCUGGAGGCCCUGAUGACCCCCACGAGCCAGGGCUUUGCCGAGGUGCGGGAGGUGUUCUUCAAGGAGGUCACCGACAUGAACAUGAACGUCGUCAACGAGGGUGGCCUGGAGAAGCUGGUGGAGUACAUGGAGAAGCUCUCCCACCUGGCCUUCCACCCCGUGAAGAUGCAGUCAUGCUAUGAGAAGAUGGACCAGCUGAAACUGGAGGGUCUUCAGCAGAGAUUUGAUGUCUCCAGCACAUCUGUCUUCAAGCAGAGGGCCCAGAUCCACAUGAGACAGCAAAUGGACGAUGCUGUGUACACCUUUGAGACACUGCUGCACCAGGAGCUGGGGAAGCUGCAGGGCAAGGACGACCUGUGCAAAUCCAUCCAGCGCAUCCUCGAGAGGGUGCUCAAGAAAUUUGACUAUGACAGCAGCACCGUGAGGAAGAAGUUCUUUAGGGAGGCCCUGCUGCAGAUCACCAUCCCCUUCCUGCUGAAAAAGCUGGCACCCACCUGCAAGGGGGAAUUAGCCAAGUUUCAGGAGCUGAUCUUUGAGGACUUUGCCAGCUUCAUCCUGGUGGAGAACACCUACGAGGAGGUGGUGCUGCAGUCGGUGAUGAAAGACAUCAUGCAAGCUGUGAAGGAGGCGGCCGUGCAGCGGAAGCACAACCUGUACAGGGACAGCAUGGUGAUGCACAACAGCGAUCCCAACCUGCACCUGCUGGGAGAGGGCCUGGCCAUCGACUGGAGCGAGGAGUACAGCGGGCAGCCCGAGGCCGAGCCGGCGGCCGAGCGGCGCCGCAGGGCCAAGCAGGUGGUGUCGGUCAUCCAGGACGACGAGGGGGCCCUGCCCUACGGGGCCGAGGCACUGCUGCAGCCCGGCUCCCCCGAGCCACAUCCCGGGGUGCCCCCGAGCCCCGUGGAUGCAGUGAAGGAGAUCCGGGAGGCGCUGGCACAGGAGAGCCUCGGGGACGGCGCUGGGGCGGAGGAGCGGCUGAUGAACGGCACUGACCCCGGUGGUGCCAGUGAGGAGGGGGAGCUGCUGGCAGGGGCUGCCCAAGGGGAUGGCACACAGCAAGGUCCAGCCCGUGACGGGGAUGGGGUACGCUGUGUGGCACCACCAGCACCUGGAGCUGAGAUCCCAUCAGGGACUGGGGGAGAACGUGCCACACCAGCAUCAUCACCCGUCCCUGGAGCCGAGGUCCCGUCAGGAGCUGGGACACGCCGGGCUGCACCAGCACCGCCUGUGCCUGAAGCUGAGGUGUCAUCGGGGGGGCAGUGUGCCACACCAGCAUUGUCACCUGUCCCUGGAGCCGAGGUCCCAUCUGGGACUGUGGGACAACAUCCUGGACCAGCAUCACCUGUGCCCAGAGCUGAUGUCCAAUCAGGGGCUGAGGUGCCACACGCCACACCAAGAUCAACUGUGCUGGCAUCACCUGUGCCCAGAGCUGAUGUCCCAUCAGAGGCUGAGGUGCCACACGCCACAGCAGCACCAGCCAGCCCCGGAGCCGAUGUCCCAGCAGAGGCCGAGGUGCCCCAUGUCACACCAGCACCGCCCAGAGCCCAGAGCCCAUCAGCAGCGUGUCACCAGCGCAGUGACAACGAGACAGGCGAGCGCGGGCAGCGCAGCCCCCCGCAGGCCAGGGCCACCACAGAGAGCGGUGAGGGGGUGCAGACUGAGUUCUAG